AUGUUUGCAUCUGCUUCUCGAGCUACCGUGUCGAUUGCUACCAAAAUGAGUAAGGCUUCCUUUUCUUCCACCACCGCCGCAGCCUCCAAAAAGGUUGCCGUCUUGGGCGCUGCCGGAGGAAUUGGUCAACCUCUCAGUAUGCUUCUCAAAUUGGUCUCAUGUGCAGGUGAUUGGAGCUGGAGUUUGGCUCCAAGGGCAAUGAUGGAUUGCAGGGGCUUUGAUGAUGCCGAUGUGGUGGUUCUUCGUGGUGUGCCGGCAGGAGUCGUUACUAAUGCAGGAAUUGUCAAGGGACUUGUGGAGUCAUGUGCCGAAUAUUGUCCUGGAGCCGUUUUGGCCAUUAUUUCCAACCCCGUCAAUUCCACCGUCCCCAUUGCUGCCGAAGUUUUGAAGGCCAGGGGUGUCUAUGAUCCCAAAAAACUCUGCGGUGUCACCACUUUGGAUGUCUGCCGUGCCAAUACCCAAGUUCCUGGAUUCAUGGAUGCUGUGGAUGAAAAGAAAAUGGAUGCUCUCACGGUCCGAACCCAAUUUGGAGGAGAUGAAGUGGUCAAAGCCAAGGCUGGCGCUGGAAGUGCCACUUUGAGUAUGGCAUAUGCUGGAUACGUGUUUACCGAAAAUGUCUUGCGGGCCAUGGACGGAGAAGAAAUCACUCAAUGCGCCUUUGUGGAAUCCACCCUCACGGAUGCUCCCUACUUUGCUAGUCCCUGCAAGUUCGGACCUGACGGUGUCACGGAAGUGUUGGGAUACGGCGAGCUUACUGCGUACGAAAAGGGAUGGUUCGACAAGAUGUUGCCCGAUUUGAAGAAGCAAAUCCAGAAGGGAAUCGAUUUUGCUAACAACUAA